AUAGGACUUCUUAUAAGGGCCGAAUUAGGAGUAGAUGUGUGUAUGAACCAGGUGUUUGCCUAUGACCGCACCCGUGUAACGGACAACGGCCCCCAUAUACAGCUCUCUAUUGGGAAAACAAAAUGCUACGGCACUGAGGGGUUACGCCCGCGGGAUGCAAGCUGGAGAUGCAGUGUAAGGCAAUAAGAUCGUGGACCUGCUGCACCAGUGGAGGGCUGCAUAUUGAGUAUCAGGGAUUCCGCCAAGCCACCAACCGCUGAAAUAUUCCAACAUAGCCAAUGAUCGGACCCAGCUCGUUACGUUGACGCGGCCGACGGGGUCCAGAAUAGGACCACGAGGUAGCAGUAGCAGUAGCAGCUGUUGAAAUUUCGGGAUUCUGGCACGAACUGAGCUGUUGCUGGGGUUUGGUUACUGACCUGCAGAAACCGUAUCUCUCCCCGCACUGCAGUGAGACGUUUCUGCGAAUAAAGUAGACGACAGUGUAGACCCUAGGCAUAUAAAGUCCAAGCAUAUGGUCGUUAAUAGCUUGGAUGCUGUCUUCAUCCCCAUCGUCUCUUAAAACUCUUAUUCAAGUUAUAGCCACCUAGUUCGAGAAUGUCUACUACCGUUCGCGUCGGUGCCGUCCAGGCUGAGCCAGUAUGGCUCGACCUUAAUGGGGCCGUCGACAAGACUAUCUCCCUCAUCGAGGAGGCUGCAGCAGACGGUAUCCAGGUGCUUGGGUUUCCAGAGGUAUGGAUUCCUGGAUAUCCGUGGUCCAUGUGGCUUAAAAGCGUCAUCGAGAACACUCACAUCAUCCACGAAUACAUGGCAAAUUCGAUGCCUCGGGACUCCGAACAUAUGAAACGUAUCCUCGCCGCUGUCAAGAAAGCCGGUAUGUUCGUGGUCCUCGGGUAUAGUGAGAGAGAUGGUGGUAGUCUCUACAUGGCCCAAUCUUUCAUCUCGCCCGAAGGUGAAAUAGUCCAUCACCGACGGAAGAUAAAGCCCACACACGUGGAACGCACCGUCUGGGGUGAAGGUCAAGCCGAAUCCCUCAAGUGUGUUGUGCCCUCAAAAUUCGGUAAUAUUGGCGGUUUAAAUUGCUGGGAGCACUUACAACCUUUGCUUCGCUACUACGAAUACUCACAAGGAGUUCAAAUACAUAUUGCGAGUUGGCCUGCAGCGUUUGAAAUGCCGGAUCCCUCUAAGGUCGCGUGGUUAUAUCACGAGACAGGGGAAGCAAGCAACCGAGCUAGUCAAUUCAUGGCCAUAGAAGGGCAGUGCUUCGUCCUCGUCGCAUCACAAAUCCUCACCGAGAAGAACUUGGAAAAAACUAACCUUUCCGGCAACCCAGUAACCAAGACGCCCGGUGGUGGCUUCUCCAUGAUUUUUGGACCCGACGGCAAACCGCUUUGCGAACCUAUUGACGCUGGCGAAGAAGGUAUCCUCAAGGCGGAUAUUAAUCUGCGGGAUAUCGAUUAUCCCAAGGCAUUCAUUGAUGUCGUCGGUCAUUACGCUAGACCGGAUCUGCUAAGUUUGCUGGUGAAUCCCACCCAAGAUUUGCAUGUAACAAAAAUGUCUAAAUAGAUGCGGCUAUAACUAGCUCGCCAAGAUGGCUUAUAAGAGAUUAUAGGAGGCUAUGGCAGUAGUCGCGAUAAUGAUA